GAGUUUGCUCGCAUUCCUCCUCAUUCAUCCUCCCUCUGUCUCGUUUAAAAGUUUCUGUCUCUGGCUGUUCCACAACUAUUCAUAUCUGAGAGUCCUGUGCAGGCGGUGUGAGCCAGUCCCAGUCCUCGGAGCGCAUCAUGGACUACCAGCAGCCUUUCUCCGUCCUCAACGAGAGGCUGAGACCUCGAGUGACGGCCAGCGAGCAGCUCUACCUGUCGCUCAACAGGCUGGAGGACAGGCAGCUGUCUUCGCUCAGGAGCAGAUCCUCGCCCUACCAGACCGUCCUGUCGGAGCCCGUCUCCCCGACCCUGAGCGGACCCGAGGUCAGCGUGGACGACCCGGAGGAGGGGGACUGCGACGACCUGGUGAGCGGGACCACCUGCCUCAUCACCGAGAUGAACAUCAAAGACUUUGACGACGACAGCAGCUCCUCCAAGUCGGACGAGAAGGACACGUCGGGCGAGCUGUCCUCGGAGGGGGGGCCCGGCACCCCGGAGAGCGACGGGCCCUUCCAGAGGGGCUACGUGGAGACCAGCCUCCCGGACCUGAUCAAGAGCGGCAGGCCGCUGGGCCGACGCCGGACCGUGGGCCAUGUGUCUCAGACGCUGAAAGAAGUGCGCAGGGAAGUGGAGCUGUCCCGCAGGCGAAGCAUCAAACUCAAGGCUCAAGUGGACAAACUGCAGGAGCGGCGAGAAGGGCCGGGCUGGAGCCAAGACCGAGAGAGGGUCACAGAGGAGGUGCUGUCCGUCCUGAGGCUGCUCUUCCCGCUGACCGACAGCAGCUUCAAGCAGCCGGAGCUGUCGGAGGGCGCCAGCCGCCUGGACGCCGCUCUGGACCAGCUGCAGAAGGUGGCCCGCAGCCUGGCCGUCAGCCACACCGCCAAACAGGAGUUCAGAUCUGGGAAGGAGGGUUCUGAGGAGAGCGCCGUCCUGCAGCAGGCCCUGAGGGACCGCGACGAAGCCAUCGAGAAGAAGAAGGCGAUGGAGGCCGAGCUGCUGCGGAGCCGGACGGAGAUGAUGGUGCUGAACAACCAGGUGCUGGAGGCGGCGCAGAAGCGCCUGGAGAUGUCUCUGGAGCUGGAGGCCUGGAAGGAGGACUUCCAGCUGCUCCUCCACCAGCAGGUGCAGAGCCAGCAGCUGGCCGAGCAGGCCCAGAAGAAGAGCUCCCGGGGCCUGGGCAUCCUGAGGAGGAAGGGCCCCCCCAUCCAGCGGCCCAGCAGCUUCCCCCUGCAGUCGCCCUCUCCCACCCCCUCGUCCAGGCUCGCCGCCCCGGUCUCGCCGGUCCCCAAGACGGCGCUUUCCGUGGGAGGAACCUGGAGGGACAAGCUGAGGAGGGGCAAGCCGAGCCGCACGGGCGACCAGGACGCCGCGGGGAACGAUUCGGACUACAGCAGAGACGACGACGGCUUCCAGGUCAUAUCGCUGGACUGAGCCGGCCGAGGUGCAGCAGUCCUGUUCUCGGAAACCUCGUGAGGAAAAUGUCUUUUUGUUUGUGACUCCUCAGAAUGUUGUAAAUAGCUUUCGUGCCAGGAGGAGUAAUUUGAGGUUUGCACGAAUUUGCCGUCAGAGCCCCAGGGGCAUAGCUUGAAGAUGCCAUUCCUGUUGUGGCUCACGUGCAGAAGACACCCGAUGUUUUUCAAAUGAAGAAUCGUGCCCAACACACCCACUUUUACUAAUUGCAUUCAGAUUUUCAUCUCGGCGUUAAUGAGAUACCAGCACUCCCCCCAAACAGCCGACGGAGGAUGACAGAGCGCAAAUAUGCAGCUGACGUCCAACAGCAUGAAAUGAAGACGUGAACACCCAGCACGUGUUCACACUUCACAUGUUACAUUUUGAACUUUUCAGUGAGGAUGAAGCUGUUUUAACAGGUUUUUUUCUUUAAAUUAUCAAGUCUGGUGUUAACUAUAUUGAAAUAUACUUUUGUUAAUUGUACAAAUGUUUAUUAAGUGUCUAUGAAUGACCUGAGUCAGUGUGAAAUACUGUAAAUACAUUAAAAUCCUCUUUAAAAC